AGUUGGACGACGUCGGGGCCAAGAUGGCGACAGGGACGGGCAAACACAAGCUGCUGAGUACUGGCCCGACGGAGCCGUGGUCCAUCCGAGAGAAGCUGUGUCUAGCCUCUUCUGUCAUGAGGAGUGGUGAUCAAAAUUGGGUAUCAGUUAGCAGAGCAAUCAAACCCUUUGCAGAACCUGGCCGUCCUCCUGACUGGUUUUCACAAAAGCAUUGUGCUUCCCAGUAUUCAGAGCUUCUGGAGACCACUGAAACUCCAAAACGCAAACGAGGAGAGAAGGGAGAAGUGGUAGAAACUGUUGAAGAUGUUAUCGUUCGGAAACUGACUGCUGAGCGAGUAGAGGAACUAAAGAAAGUGAUAAAGGAAACCCAGGAGAGAUACAGACGGCUAAAAAGAGAUGCUGAACUAAUUCAAGCUGGACAUAUGGAUAGCAGACUGGAUGAACUGUGCAAUGACAUUGCAAUGAAAAAGAAAUUGGAGGAAGAGGAGGCUGAAGUAAAAAGGAAGGCUACAGAUGCUGCAUAUCAGGCCCGACAAGCAGUAAAAACACCACCUCGGAGGUUACCCACUGUGAUGGUCAGAUCUCCUAUAGAUUCUGCCUCCCCAGGAGGUGACUAUCCACUUGGGGACAUGACUCCAGCUACUAUUGAAGAGGCCACCUCUGGGGUAAACCCUGGGACUUUGCCGAGUACCCCAGUCACCUCGUUUCCUGGGAUUCCUGACACCCUUCCUCCAGGCUCUGCACCCUUAGAAGCCCCCAUGACCCCAGUAACAGAUGAUUCACCCCAGAAAAAGAUGCUUGGACAGAAAGCAACACCACCCCCCUCCCCUCUGCUGUCAGAGCUCUUGAAGAAGGGCAGCCUCCUGCCUACUAGCCCCAGACUGGUCAAUGAGAGUGAAAUGGCUGUGGCUUCUGGCCAUCUGAACAGUGCAGGUGUUCUCCUGGAGGUAGGCGGGGUCCUUCCCAUGAUGCAUGGUGGGGAGAUACAGCAAACACCCAAUACUGUUGCAUCGUCCCCUGCUGCCUCAGGUGCUCCCACUCUUUCCCGGCUUUUAGAAGCUGGGCCUACCCAGUUUACCACACCUCUUGCUUCCUUCACUACUGUUGCCAGUGAGCCUCCAGUUAAACUUGUGCCACCCCCUGUAGAAUCCGUGUCCCAGGCUACCAUUGUCAUGAUGCCUGCGCUGCCAGCACCAUCCUCUGCUCCGGCUGUCUCCACUCCUGACAGUGUAGCUCCAGUGAGUCAGCCUGAUACCUGUGUUCCUAUGGAGACUGUGGGAGAUCCACAUACUGUGACUGUUUCCAUGGAUAGCAACGAAAUCUCUAUGAUUAUUAAUUCCAUCAAAGAAGAGUGCUUCCGAUCAGGGGUAGCAGAGGCCUCUGGCGGAUCAAAACCUCCCAGCAUUGAUGGGAAGGAAGAUUUAGAUCUGGCUGAGAAAAUGGAUAUUGCUGUGUCUUACACAGGUGAAGAGCUAGACUUUGAGACUGUUGGAGACAUCAUUGCCAUCAUUGAGGACAAGGUAGAUGAUCAUCCUGAAGUACUGGAUGUGGCAGCAGUGGAAGCAGCACUGUCAUUCUGUGAAGAGAAUGAUGAUCCCCAGUCCCUGCCUGGCCCCUGGGAGCAUCCUAUUCAGCAGGAACGGGACAAACCAGGACCUCUCCCUGCACCAGAAAUGACGGUUAAGCAAGAGAGGUUGGACUUUGAGGAAACAGAAAACAAGGGAAUCCAUGAACUGGUGGACAUGAGGGAACCCAGUGUUGAGAUCAAGGUGGAACCUGCCGAACCAGAUCCAGGCAUUUCAGGGUCUGAAAUAGCUGGAGUUGUCCCAGCCCCAAGUAUGGAACCACCAGAACUCAGGAGUCAGGAUUUAGAUGAAGAACCCAGGAGUAUUGCAACUGGAGAGAUUGCUGAAGCAGAUGUUUCCAGCGGGAAAAGCGAUGAGACCGCACUUACUACUGUGAAGACAGAGGCAUCCCCCGAAAGUAUGUUGUCUCCCUCACAUGGCUCAAAUCCCAAUGAAGAUCCCUUAGAGCCAGAGUCCCAGCACAAGUUUGAAAUGUCAGACUCAUUGAAAGAAGAAUCAGGGGCUAUUUUUGGAAGCCAGAUAAAGGAUGCCCCAGGUGAGGAUGAGGAAGAAGAUGGGGUCAGUGAAGCAGCCAGCCUAGAGGAGCCUAAGGAAGAAGAUCAAGGAGAAGGCUAUUUGUCAGAAAUGGAUAAUGAACCCCCUGUGAGCGAGAGUGAUGAUGGCUUUAGCAUACACAACGCUGCACUGCAGUCACAUGCACUGGCAGACUCCAUCCCAAGCAGCCCUGCUUCUUCACAGUUUUCUGUCUGUAGUGAGGAUCAAGAAGCUAUUCAGGCACAGAAAAUAUGGAAGAAAGCCAUCAUGCUUGUAUGGAGAGCUGCAGCUAAUCAUAGAUAUGCCAAUGUCUUCUUGCAGCCUGUUACAGAUGACAUAGCACCUGGCUACCACAGCAUUGUGCAGAGGCCUAUGGAUUUGUCAACUAUUAAGAAAAACAUUGAAAAUGGACUGAUUCGUAGCACAGCUGAAUUUCAGCGUGACAUUAUGCUGAUGUUUCAGAAUGCUGUGAUGUACAAUAGUUCAGACCAUGAUGUAUAUCACAUGGCAGUAGAGAUGCAGCGAGAUGUCUUGGAACAGAUCCAGCAAUUCUUGGCUACACAGCUGAUUAUGCAAACAUCUGAGUCUGGUAUCAGUGCUAAAAGUCUUCGAGGGAGAGAUUCUACCCGCAAACAGGAUGCUUCAGAGAAGGACAGUGUCCCCAUGGGCUCUCCUGCCUUCCUUCUCUCUCUCUUUGAUGGAGGAACAAGGGGACGCCGCUGUGCCAUUGAAGCAGAUAUGAAGAUGAAAAAGUGAAGUCUCAAAAGUGUCCUCUUUGUUGAGGUGACCCUGAAAGGAAAGUAAACAAGAUGAAGCUUGGGCUUGUGGGCCCUGUUCCAGAAGUGAAAGUUACGGAAGAGGAGUACCUGGGCCACGUGACAAGCUGGGAAAUCUCUCUCAGAGAGUUGAAGAAGCACAAUUGUCUGUUUUAGGGCAAAAAUCAUGGGCUGUGUUAAUGUCCUAUUGUGUAGCUAACGGAUGUAGCUAGUUUGUACUGUCUUGUGAAGUGUACAGAUUUUUUAAGAAUGAAUCUUUGAAGUGUAUGUGUAUACAAUAAAC